UGCAGUGCGGUGGAACACGCGCGUCAAUUGCUCGCGUCAAUUGCUCCGAAAAGAAAAACCGAGAGAGCGACGUAACGAUGAUGCGCAAGGAUAUCACGAUUGUGUUGUGCGUGCUGUUGUUCUUUGCCACGACAGGUACUAAAGCAAUACGCUGUUACCAAUGCAGCUCUGACACUGAUCCGGACAAGGAGGACCUUUGUGGGGCCUACACGAAAUUCGACAAAGAGAGGAAUGUGCCUAUCGAAUGUAACAGCGAGGAGUCACACAUGCCUGGCACAUUUUGUGUUAAAUACACUGAGCAAAGCCCGCGUGGUUUCAUCUGUAAGUAUACCUAUUAAAAUAAUAUUU